UGCACGGCUAUGGACGCCCGGGAGCCGCACACUACCCGGGGACAGGGACACUAGGGCCGGGCUGCGGCCGUGCACACUCAGCACUAUCUACUGCGGAUCAACAGGAGCAAAGCGGAGCGCCAAAAAAAAGGCGCCCAGAAAAGCGUCCGGCAGCCGGGCGGGGGAGAUCCAGCCCCUGGAGGAAGAGGAGGGGGCAGAAGAGGCGCCUCCAUCUGGGGAGAGGACACGGGAGAACGGGCUGGAGCUCCCGGGAAAUACUACUUGGCCAUUCGUAUCUUUUACUUUCCUGGGAAGGAGGGAACCCCGGACCUUGUGCUGGGAUCUACCGCCGGGGGACGCUGUGCUGGAGCUAAGACCCCCAUGUACCCCUCACAGGCUGCACAUUGUGGGGCUGUGCUGCAACUAUAGGGGGCGCCACACUUAUGGGGUGCCUGUAUGUCUAUGCUGGAGGGCCUUAGGCAAUCACAUGACUGUAGGACUGGAUAUAAAGUAGCACUCCUCCUAUAAGACUUGUCUGGAGAAAGUUACUAUCUUCCUAUAGGUGAAGUUUACAAAGUAUCAACUUUUUUUUAUAUUUUUUUUUAUUUUUUUUUUACAACACCAAAAGUGCAUUUCUUCCAUUGAGCCUGUAGGGGGCAGCCCCCAUGUUGCCUUCUCCUAGUGGAGGGUGAAGGUGGGCUUCUGUUCAUCCAGGUGGGAUAAAAACCUGUAUAUAAUUCACGCUCUGGAGCUGGUGGGACCGUCACCUCGACAAAGAUGUCCAUGUCACCGGAGAAAGGUCUGGCCAUCCGGCAGCAGAAGCUGGAGGCCAAACUGAGGAAUCCGCGCUCGCCCAUCAAUAUCGAAAGUCUGCUGGAUGGACUCAAUUCCUUGGUCCUUGACCUCGACUUCCCUGCACUGCGAAAGAAUAAGAAUAUCGACAACUUCCUGAAUAGAUAUGAAAAAGUUGUGAGUGAGGUGCGCCAAUUACAGAUGAAAGCGGAGGAUUAUGAUGUAGUAAAAGUCAUUGGACGGGGAGCCUUCGGUGAAGUCCAGCUGGUUCGGCACAAAAGCACACAAAAAGUUUAUGCAAUGAAACUGCUAAGUAAAUUCGAAAUGAUAAAAAGAUCCGAUUCUGCCUUUUUUUGGGAAGAAAGGGAUAUCAUGGCCUUUGCAAACAGCCCGUGGGUAGUUCAGCUAUUUUGUGCCUUUCAAGAUGAAAAGUUUCUCUACAUGGUGAUGGAGUACAUGCCUGGUGGAGAUCUUGUAAACCUUAUGAGCAACUACGAUGUGCCUGAGAAGUGGGCAAAAUUCUACACUGCCGAAGUGGUCCUAGCCCUUGAUGCCAUUCACUCCAUGGGUUUAAUCCACCGGGACGUCAAGCCGGACAAUAUGCUGCUGGACAAGUAUGGGCACCUGAAGUUGGCCGACUUUGGCACGUGUAUGAAGAUGGAUGAAACAGGUAUGGUGCGUUGUGACACUGCUGUUGGAACUCCAGAUUACAUAUCACCUGAGGUGCUGAAGUCUCAAGGAGGAGAUGGCUACUACGGACGGGAGUGUGACUGGUGGUCGGUCGGAGUCUUCCUGUUUGAGAUGCUGGUUGGGGACACUCCAUUUUAUGCAGACUCCUUGGUUGGCACCUAUAGUAAAAUUAUGGAUCACAAGAAUUCCUUAAACUUUCCAGAAGAUGUGGAGAUUUCUAAACAUGCCAAGAACCUCAUCUGUGCCUUCUUGACAGACAGGGAGGUACGGCUUGGGCGGAAUGGCAUCGAGGAAAUAAAGCAGCACGCCUUUUUCAAGAAUGACCAGUGGACCUGGGACAACAUACGAGAAACGGCUGCCCCAGUGGUCCCAGAGCUGAGCAGUGAUAUUGACAGUAGCAAUUUUGAUGACAUUGAAGAUGACAAAGGCAACGUGGAGACAUUUCCCAUCCCAAAAGCAUUUUCAGGAAACCAGCUGCCCUUUAUCGGAUUUACCUACUACCGAGAAAACUUAUUGCUGAGCGACCCGUCUAAGGGCCAGGAGGAACAGAACUCCUCCACAAAGCCAUGGAAAGAGGAGUCGGCAGAACUACAGAAAGCUAUUCAGAAGCUGGAGGAGAAGCUUCACAUCGAGAUCCUAGCCAAAGAUGAAUUUGAGCACAAGUACAGGUCUGUAAAUUCCCGCCUGGAAAAGACUAUGAAGGAACUUGAUGAACAGGUAAAUUCACGAAAGAACUUGGAGUCCACCAGCCGGCAGCUGGAGCGCGAGAAGGCUCUGCUACAGCACAAGAACGCAGAGUACCAAAGAAAAGCUGAGAACGAGGCGGAGAAGAAACGCAGCCUAGAAAAUGAAGUGAACAGUCUGAAAGAUCAACUUGAAGAAUCGAAGAGAAGAAACCAAAGUUCCCAGAUCUCCAAUGAGAAAAUGAACCAGCUCCAAAGACAACUGGAUGAAGCCAACGCUCUUCUACGUACUGAGUCAGACACAGCAGCUCGGUUACGAAGGACUCAAAAUGAGAUGGCCAAACAGUUCCAGCAGCUGGAAACCAACAACCGAGAGCUCCAGGAUAAGACCUGUGUGCUGGAGAACGCCAAGCUGAAGUUAGAGAAGGACUACAUCAACCUGCAGUCAGCCCUGGAAUCUGAAAAGAGGGACCGAUCGCAAGGAUCAGAGAUCAUCAGUGACCUUCAAGGCCGGAUAUCUGGAUUAGAAGAUGAAGUAAAGAAGGGAAAGGAUCUCCUUACACGUGCAGAGUCUGACAAGAGGCAUCUACAAGAGAGGCUGGCGUCGUUAGAGAAGGAAAAGAACAAUCUGGAGAUCGACAUGACGUACAAGCUGAAAGCGCUGCAGCAGAAUGUGGAGAAGGAAGAAGCAGAACAUAAAGCCACCAAGGCACGUCUGGCUGACAAGAACAAAAUCUAUCAGUCUAUUGAGGAGACCAAGUCUGAAGCCAUGAAAGACAUGGAGAGGAAACUGCAGGAGGAGAGAUUGUCCAAGCAGAGGCUGGAGAACAACUUGCUGGAGGUGGAGAAGCAAUGCUCCAUGCUGGACUGUGACCUCAAACAAGCCAAGCAGAGGAUCAAUGAGCUGGAGACCCUGAAGGACAAACUCAUAGAAGAUGUUAAAAACCUUACCUUAAAAACUGAGCAGGAGAUACAGAAACGCAGCUUGACCCAGAAUGACUUAAAGAUGCAGCUUCAGCAGGUCAACAGUCUUAAGAUGUCAGAGAAACAGCUGAAGCAGGAGAUCAACCACUUGACUGAGAUUAGAGCGAGCCUAGAGAAACAUAACAGCGAGCUACGCAAAGAACGUCAAGAUGCAGAUGGUCAGAUGAAAGAACUACAAGACCAGCUGGAGGCAGAGCAGUAUUUCUCUACCUUGUACAAGACCCAAGUGCGGGAACUCAAGGAAGAAUGUGAUGAUCAAGGAAAACUUUAUAAGGAGAUGCAACAGAAGAAUCAGGAGCUCCAGGAUGAGAGGGACUCGCUGGCUGCACAGCUAGAGAUCACAUUAACCAAGGCGGACUCUGAACAGCUGGCACGCUCCAUUGCCGAGGAGCAGUACUCUGACCUGGAGAAAGAGAAGAUCAUGAAAGAGCUAGAGAUCAAGGAGAUGAUGGCCCGCCACAAACAAGAGCUGACCGAGAAAUACGCCACCAUUAGUUCUCUUGAGGAAGCCAACAAGACAUUAACCACAGACGUGGCCAACUUGGCCAAUGAGAAGGAAGAUCUGAACAACAAACUGAAGGAUUGCCAAGAACAAAUCCAACAGCUGAAAGAAGAAGGAACCAGUGUUGUGGCCAUUAGAACACAGUUUGAGAAGCAGCUGCUGAAUGAGAGAACCCUCAAGACUCAGGCUGUGAACAAACUAGCCGAGAUCAUGAACAGGAAGAUUCCCACCAAGGGUGGACCUGACACCGAUGUGCGCAGGAAGGAGAAGGAGAAUAGGAAACUGCAACUAGAGUUGAAAUCCGAGAGGGAAAAACUUACACGUCUUGUGGUCAAGUACCAGAAAGAGAUGAAUGAAAUGCAGGCGCAAAUUGCAGAAGAGAGUCAGGUCCGAAUUGAGCUCCAGAUGGCACUAGACAGCAAAGACAGCGACAUUGAGCAGCUGCGGUGUCAGCUGCAAUCCAUCCAUAUAGGCAUGGACAGCACAAGUAUCGGCAGUGGGCACGGUGACACAGACAACGAUGAUGGAUUCCCAGAAUCCAGACUUGAGGGAUGGCUGUCACUUCCUGUGCGAAACACUAAGAAGUUCGGCUGGAUUAAAAAGUACGUUGUGGUCAGCAGCAAGAAAAUCCUCUUUUAUGACAGUGAACAGGAUAAAGAGCAGUCCAAUCCAUACAUGGUAUUGGAUAUCGAUAAACUGUUCCACGUGCGGCAGGUAACUCAGACAGAUGUGUAUCGGGCGGAUGCUAAAGAGAUUCCUCGGAUUUUCCAGAUUUUAUAUGACAAUGAAGGAGAAAGCAAAAAAGAACAAGAAUUCCCAGUGGAUCCCGUGGAGAAAUCGAAUUAUAUCUGUCACAAAGGACAUGAGUUCAUCCCCACAUUAUACCAUUUCCCUACAAGCUGUGACGCCUGUAUGAAGCCCCUGUGGCACAUGUUCAAACCCCCUCCAGCCUUAGAAUGCCGGCGGUGUCAUAUUAAGUGCCACAAGGACCAUAUGGAUAAAAAGGAGGACAUGAUAGCACCUUGCAAAGUAAACUACGAUAUUUCUACGGCUAAGAAUCUACUUUUGUUAGCAAACUCCACGGAAGAGCAGCAGAAGUGGGUGAGUCGGCUUGCAAAAAAAAUCCCCAAAAAGCCGCCAGCUCCGGAUCCCUUUGCCCGAUCCUCUCCAAGAACUUCCAUAAAGGUACAGCCAAACCCGUCGAUGAGGCGGCCUAGUCGACAACUUCCUCCAAACAAACCCAGUUAACUGCCUUCUGUGAAUGCAGUGCCCAUUUCAAGAAGAUUUCUUCCAUUAAAUGAAAAAAAAAAGACUGAACGCAAAAUAAGGUGUCCAAAAUAUAAAAAAAAAAUACUAUAUUUUUCCAAAAGACUGUGCUUAUAUAUAUCAGAGGUUUACAAAAAAAAUUGUUGCUGCAAUAUAAGAAAGAGAAAAAAAAAAAAAAAAGAAGUUAAUGUUCUUUUCCUGAUGAAGUGGCUUUGGAAUGCUCAGGGUGGUCAGAAGUCACUGUGAUAACGUUAAACCCCAUAACCUCCGACCCCGGGAUUAAUACCCAGGUUACACUCCCGAUACUUUGCAGUGACUUUUUUCUUUUUUUUUUUCGUGAAGCGGCUUUUACCGCAGAAUAAGAUGUAAAAGCUUCAAAUCGAGGAUGGCGAUUGUUCGGAGAAGUGCUGGUUCCACAACAUUUUCUCCUCUUCCUCCCCUUCCCCAAUUUAUUUUUUUUUUAACACACUACAUCCAGGCUACAGAGGAGUGCCCCGGUCUCACAGCAUGACAGCUUCCACAGCAGCGGUUUUGGUGCUUCGUAUCGCUUUGACUCAGCCAACGAAUGAGCCUCUCAAGGCGAAAAAACAACAACAAAAAGACCGCGUGCAUGUAUAUAUAUAUAUAUAUAUAUAUAUAUAUAUUCAUAUUCAUAUCGUACUGUAUCGCCAGAGGCUUUGUGAGAAUGCCACCCUUUUAUUUUUGUACUCCCUGACCAAUACCUGGGGUUUGUGACUAUGCACAUGUAAAAAGCCAUACUGUUUAUCCAUUUUUUUUGACUCCUAAAGAGGGAUUACGAAAAGGAAGAGGUAAAAGAAAAAAUAAUAAAUUGCAAAAUUGCAUGCAAGCACUGAGCACAUUCAGUCUCUAAGCCUGUGUAACUGCGCAAAUCUUCCUAAAAAAAAAAUAUAUGGAUGCCUUAAUUAAUAAAAAAAAAAAAAACAUUGUCAAACUAGUUUGACCAUUCCAUCACUAAGCUCCAGCCAUUUUUUUUUGGCUGCAAAUUCAGCUUAUUUAGCUCUUAGGGGGCUGAUGUGUCGCACUAAUGAUUCUUUUUUUUUUUUUAUCAUUAUUAUUUUUGUUUUUCUGUCGCUUUUUGAAUGUAUUUGGAAAAAUUCUAGAAUUUAAAAAAUGUAUCCUGUAUAAAAUGGAAAAGAAGUAACCCCCCCCCCCCCACCCCCCCUUUCAAUGGCACAUUUCUUCAACCCUCAGUAUUAGUAAUUAUCGAAACCAAAACGAAAAAUUCCCACAAAAAAAUUUACCCACAUUUGACUGUACGGUAGCGGCAGCCAUUUUGUGGGCGGGGUAUGUAUUUAUGUAAAUGCCGCCAACAUAAAUCUAUUAAAUAUAGGUCUAUUCCUGCUAUGUUAACGCCAUACAGGUAGUAGUGCAUACCCGCGUAGAAACAUUUUUAAUUGUCACCCACUUGUCUUCCGGUGUGGGUGACUACUGUAUCAGUACAUUUUGUUAUGUGUAUAGAAGUUUUAUUUACCGUACAAUAGACUGCCUUCCUAGUCUACACUGACUUGCCCUCCAACGCAGGGCAAAGGGGGGGUUGGGGGCGGGGUAAGGGGUUGAAGAAUAUGCUCUGUGUCCGGAUAGGGGGCGACCUUAUGUAGCGUAUGUACAUAGGCGGUAAUUUAGGGAUGUCAUAGGGUCCUGUUAAUCCGAACAGUUGCCUGUUUUUGGUGCCUUAGAGAUGUUGCCAUUUCCAGUGUUGCGUUCUCAUGAAUACUACUAUACCCCACAACAUAGCUGCCUCUACUGCGCCCCUGCUGGAAGAAAAGGGUAUCCAAUAAGUGCUACUUUUUUUUCUUUGUUUUGUUUUUUGUUUUUUUUCAUUCUUUUGCUUGCCUUGGUUUGUUUUCUGUUCUACUUUAUGCUUUUAUUUCUGCAGAGAGAAAAAAAAUGGACAUCUAUGAUUGAAUAAAUGUGUUUUCUGUUUUUUUUUUUUAAGUGUUCCUGUCACGUACAUCCUCCCCUACACACGCACGCACAUAAACCCUGGGCUGUCACAAGCUUCAGUCAUACUGUAGAUGUAUUUUAAUAUUUCAGGAACAGUUUCUCUAGCACCUAGCUCUAGGUUAUUGAAUACUUUUUCUAUCGGAGCAUUUGAAGAAGAAUGUUUAGCUGGGAUGUAAAAAAUAACAAAAAAAAAAAAUGAAAGAAAUAAGGACCUCGGAGGUGCUUAUUGGAAUUAUUUUUACAUGGUCUUAUUAAGAAAACAAAGUAUAUAUAUAAAUAUAAUUUAUGUGGGCUCGUUCAUGCUGUAUGCCUAAAUAUCCCUCAAAGUGCAUGUUUUAUACAGAAAGCAGUAUGAUAAAAUGUUAACCAUAUUGACAAUAAAAUAUAACAUGUAGCCUU